UGCUUUUCCAGGACGGCAGGCUCUUCGUCUUCCUCAAUCCCAGGCUCCGCGUGAAGGUCGCGGCUGGAAAUCUGUGACUGUUUCGGGGCCGUCACCUCAGAUUGUCUCUAGUUCUUGAGUCUGGGAAGCACGAUGGUCUGGGGAGAAUGACCACCUGCCAGAUCAGAUGGGCCCUGCUUUGUACAUAAGCCACAUUCCUGAGACGUUGACUGUCAACUGGAUUUAGUGUAUAUUCAAUCAUAUAUUGGAUGUUCUGGAAGGAUCAUCUAUUUGGAGGAACCAAGCGCUGGAUUCUUUUGUAAAGUGAAGAAUUAUUUAGCUAUGUGGAGACUCACUCAGUGAUUCAUGACUUCACCUCCGGUUCCAGCGCCGUCUUCUGAGAUGAUCCCGAUUCCCAGAAUGCCCUUGAUGCUUCUCCUCUUGCUGCCUAUCUGGAGCUCCACCAGGGCUCAGGUUAACCCAGCCAUAUGCCGCUAUCCUCUGGGCAUGUCAGGAGGCCACAUUCCAGAUGAGGACAUCACAGCUUCCAGCCAGUGGUCAGACUCCACAGCUGCCAAAUAUGGAAGGCUGGACUCAGAAGAAGGCGACGGAGCCUGGUGCCCUGAGAUUCCGGUGGAGCCCGACGACCUGAAGGAGUUCCUGCAGAUCGAUUUGCACACCCUACACUUUAUCACUCUGGUGGGGACCCAGGGGCGCCAUGCGGGGGGCCACGGCAUUGAGUUCGCCCCCAUGUACAAGAUCAAAUACAGUCGGGAUGGCACUCGCUGGAUCUCCUGGAGGAACCGGCACGGGAAGCAGGUGCUGGAUGGAAACAGUAACCCUUACGACAUUUUCCUAAAGGACUUGGAGCCUCCCAUUGUGGCCAGAUUUGUCCGCUUCAUUCCAGUCACCGACCACUCCAUGAAUGUAUGCAUGAGGGUGGAGCUUUAUGGCUGUGUCUGGCUAGAUGGCCUGGUGUCUUACAGUGCCCCAGCUGGACAGCAGUUUGUGCUUCCUGGAGGCCCCAUCAUUUACCUGAACGAUUCUGUUUAUGAUGGAGCUGUCGGGUACAGUAUGACGGAAGGGCUGGGCCAGCUGACAGAUGGGGUGUCUGGCCUGGACGAUUUCACCCAGACCCAUGAGUACCACGUGUGGCCGGGCUACGACUACGUGGGCUGGAGGAACGAGAGCGCCACCAGUGGUUACAUCGAGAUCAUGUUUGAAUUUGAUCGCAUCAGGAAUUUCACAACUAUGAAGGUCCACUGCAACAACAUGUUUGCCAAAGGUGUGAAGAUUUUUAAGGAGGUCCAGUGCUACUUCCGCUCUGAAGCCAGCGAGUGGGAACCUACUGCCGUCUCCUUCCCCCUCGUCCUGGACGAUGUCAACCCCAGCGCGCGGUUCGUCACCGUGCCCCUCCACCACCGCAUGGCCAGCGCCAUCAAGUGCCACUACCACUUCGCUGACACCUGGAUGAUGUUCAGUGAGAUCACCUUCCAGUCAGAUGCCACAAUGUACAACAACUCCGGAGCCCUGCCCACCUCACCCGUGGCACCCACAACCUACGAUCCAAUGCUCAAGGUUGACGACAGCAACACUCGGAUCCUGAUUGGCUGCCUGGUGGCCAUCAUCUUCAUCCUCCUGGCCAUCAUCGUCAUCAUCCUCUGGAGACAGUUCUGGCAGAAAAUGCUGGAGAAGGCUUCCCGGCGGAUGCUGGAUGAUGAGAUGACGGUCAGCCUUUCCCUGCCCAGCGAGUCCAGCAUGUUCAACAACAACCGCUCCUCAUCGCCCAGCGAGCAGGAGUCCAACUCCACCUACGAUCGCAUCUUCCCCCUUCGCCCUGACUACCAGGAGCCGUCGAGGCUGAUACGGAAGCUCCCGGAAUUUGCUCCAGGCGAUGAGGAGUCAGGUUGCAGUGGCAUCGUGAAGCCGGUCCAGCCCAGUGGGCCAGAGGGGGUGCCUCACUAUGCGGAGGCCGACAUUGUGAACCUCCAGGGGGUGACCGGAGGUAACACGUACUCAGUGCCUGCCGUUACCAUGGACCUGCUUUCAGGAAAAGAUGUGGCCGUGGAAGAGUUCCCCAGGAAACUCUUAGCUUUCAAGGAGAAGCUGGGAGAAGGCCAGUUUGGGGAGGUUCAUCUCUGUGAAGUGGAGGGCAUGGAAAAAUUCAAAGACAAAGAUUUUGCCCUUGACGUCAGUGCCAACCAGACCGUCCUGGUGGCCGUGAAAAUGCUUCGAGCAGAUGCCAACAAGAAUGCCAGGAAUGAUUUUCUUAAGGAGAUAAAGAUCAUGUCCCGGCUCAAGGACCCAAACAUCAUCCGUCUCUUAGCCGUGUGCAUCACUGAGGACCCCCUGUGCAUGAUCACUGAGUACAUGGAGAACGGGGAUCUCAAUCAGUUUCUUUCCCGCCACGAGCCCCUGACGUCCUCCUCCAGCAACGUCCCCACUGUCAGCUAUGCCAGUCUGAAGUUCAUGGCUACCCAGAUUGCCUCUGGCAUGAAGUACCUUUCCUCUCUUAAUUUUGUCCACCGAGAUCUGGCCACACGGAACUGCUUAGUGGGUAAGAACUACACCAUCAAGAUAGCUGACUUUGGAAUGAGCAGAAACCUGUACAGUGGCGACUACUACCGGAUCCAGGGCCGGGCGGUGCUCCCAAUCCGCUGGAUGUCCUGGGAGAGCAUCUUGCUGGGCAAAUUCACGACCGCGAGUGACGCGUGGGCGUUUGGGGUGACGCUGUGGGAGACGCUCACCUUCUGCCGGGAGCAGCCCUACUCCCAGCUCUCGGACGAGCAGGUCAUCGAGAACACCGGCGAGUUCUUCCGAGACCAAGGGCGGCAGAUUUACCUCCCCCAGCCUGCCAUUUGCCCUGACUCUGUGUACAAGCUGAUGCUCAGCUGCUGGAGAAGAGACACAAAGCACCGCCCCUCAUUCCAGGAAAUCCACCUUCUGCUCCUACAACAAGGAGAUGACUGACGCUGUCGAUGCCUGGCGGCAUUCUGAUGGCCCGGGUCCUCCUCGCAAGACCUGCCGCUCACCCACACCUAAGCCGCUCCAUCUGGACAGUGCAUGGGUCUGAGAGACAGAGCUGUUUGCCCUCUUGUCUCUGUCCCCUGUCUCCCUCCACUGCACUCCCCCGCUCUCUACCCUGGAACUCAUAUAUACUCUUUUUUUACAUUAAAGAACUAAAAAAAAAAAAAAAAAAGCCUAGGGCAGAUAAACAUCUAGUAAAGAAACUUACUUGAUAUGCCAAAGUGUUGGAUAACAGGCUAGGUAAUUUAGAUAAUUUAUAAAGGUUAAAUAUGCUGUCUUAUAAAUGUGCAGAUUCUGCAAUAUUUUUUCCAUGUUACCUUUUAAACCAAUUUUCAGAAAGAAAAACUUGAAGAAUGCUAAUGUCUUGGGAAACAUGAGAUCAGGUUUAAGGACAGCCCUUGGUGAGUGUGGGGAUCUGAUGAAGUGCAAGUCAGUAACUAAUCACAGAUUGUUUCGUUUCCUGAUUUGGCCUCUGGACAUAGCCUACCCUCUGCACUUCCCUCUCCUGUCAAAGUAGAGGAUACAGGCUUGAAAACCUGAAGCUUCUUGGGGUGGGGUUUUGUUCAUGCACAGGCAGGGGUCAGGGUUGAGGCUCAGAUGCAUGGAAAAUGCAGAUCAUGUGCAUGGGAAAGAACGCUGCAAGGCUGUAUGAAGGGCGAGUGUCGUUUGCAAAAGAAAAGUGCACCUCAUGCACGGAGGGAUUGUGAAAGGAGAGUGGACCUAGGGAAAGAGGUCAGUGGAGGACAGGUAACAGGUGUGCUAUUCACUUGCGAUUUCUGCAGAGGCUUCUCCGCUUUAGCUGGUUUAGACAUUUUCAGGUGUGUGUUUCAGCGAGAGCCCGAUUUUGGAAUCAGUAAAGACUGGUGUUUUGGUAUCUUGAUCCUAGGCUCUUUGGGUCAUCAUCUCCAAAUCUUCCAGCUCUUUUAAUGGAUGAAUUUCCUCGGGGACCCAUGGGCUAGGGGGUUGAAGUUCUCAGGCAUGAAUGUAUGAAGCCCGUGUUCGGGCUUCUGAGUGUUCCCAAGGGGCUGACCUAGGACCAAGGAGGGGCAGUCCCAGGAAGAUGAUUUCCACUCCUUCUGAGGCAGAACGUAGCCAGAGGCGGGAUGGGCAAGGAUGAAUGGCUGCCUCCUGAGGCGGGGGAUCCUUUGUCACUGGAGAGGUUCAUUGUAGGCUGGAGAACCAGGAAAGAAAGACGCAGGCCUUCCCGCACAGGAUCAGUGGGUGUAUAGACAGCAUUUAAAGGCCUUGGUUUCAGGCCCAGGGUGAGUGUGACGUAGAAGUCAUCCAUUGCUGCCACUCGGUGUGGCCCUCGCUGCAGAGAUGGUACAGCCAGCAGCAAAGAAUCACAAGGCUCUGGUUUCAGAAUCCAUGGAAACUGACACAGGGUCAAAUGGGAGUCCCCUCAGAACAGACUGGGAACUUUCAUGCCGCACAAAUGCUCCGACUUCGUGGGAAGCAGGACAAGGGACCCCCUCAGUUACCACUGAGGAGAAACAAGAAAGGAUUACAGAGGAAGCCUCCCAAGCUUGGAAGGAGUAGUCUUGACCCUGGGAUCUGCUCUCAUCGCCCUCACCCAGUCCACCCUGUACACAGUGUCUCGGGAACUUGAGUGUCCCCUCCUGUCCAGCCUCCGGCAUUGCUCCAGGACACAGCAGAAGCACACCUCCCAAGUCCCCACGACUCCUUUGCCCGUCAUCCUCCGAUCCUAGCAGAUGCCCUGUCCCUACAGCUGUCUUGUGAUUCUGGGCUACAGUCUCUCCCAGGACUCACUUUGGAGAGAUCGUUGGCCUGGUUGUCAGGAGAGCAUCGGUUUGGGAGCUUUGACCCUAUUUCUGCCGCAAGGCAAGUGUGCCUUCUUGGACAAGUCCCUUUACCUCCCUGGAAUUUUCUUCCCUUAUCUGUAAAAUGGGCAAAUUGGAUUAGAUGGUUUUGAGUCUCUCCCAGUUCUGGUAUGUCCAGGGCUACCUGGGCGAUUGGAUCUACAACCGGUAGAGAUUCAGUUAUCCGGUCAUCUCUUGCUCUGAAAACCCUGGUCCGCAAAAGAGGUCGUGUGGGGCGCUCACUAUUACAGAAGUACUAGUGACAUCUGCCGCCUGUACAGCACUGGAAAGUCCGCCAGUCAUUUCCACAUACGUCACCCCACUGGCUGUGGGCAGCAUCACAUGUGUUCUCUUCUGCCUUGGACCCGCCAUGCCCUGCUCUCAAGAUCAGUGUUAACUUCAUGUAUCAGAGAGUUCUCUGGACAAACAGAACCAGUGGGAUAUACACACAUAUAUAUGGUUUAUUGGAAGGAAUUGGCCCAAUGUUAAUGGAUCCUGGAAAGUCUGACAACCUGCCAUCUGGAAGCCACACACCUGGGAAAGCUGGUGGCAGGGUCGUUCUGAGGACCGGAGGGCCCGUAGCGUCAGUGCCCAUCGGGGGCAAGAGAAGGCUGAUGUCCUAGCUCAAGAGUCAAGCAGAGAAAGCAAAGGCCCCCUUCCUCUGCCUUCUGCAUCUGUUCAGGCCCUCAGUGGAUUGGAUGAGGCCCCCCCACACUGCAGAGGGCAAUCUGCUCAGUCUGCCAUCUCAGUUACUGAUCUCACCCAGAAACACCCUCGUGCACAUCCUGAAAUACUGUUUAAUCUGGGCAUCCCAUGUCACAUAAACUGACACAUAAAACUAGGCAUCAUACUUUAACAGAUUUAAAGGGACUUGAAAUCAAGACCUGCAACCUAUUGUCCUGCAUCUACAUGCUUGUGGUGGGGCCUCCUCCAGGCUGUGCCAUUCUUACUGGCAAGAGAAAAUAAUGUCCUUUCCCCUUCCUUUGCCUAACAUCGCUCCACUUAUUUCUUUUUACAAUUCUGCCUCAGUUCUUUGCAUUUCACGAUCCCAUUGAAGAAGUCUUAUUUCAAAUAACCUUAGUGUGUCUGGGCUGUCCUGGCCUUGAAUCAUAGAAGUGACCUGUCUCCAGUGGCUGGCAAAUUUGUGUUCUCACAUAGGUAUCCUUUUCUGGGAGGAGGAGGUCUCCAUUAUGGCACUGAGACUUUUAUAUUGCAGACGUAGGUUUAACUUCUAGCCUAGUCACACCAAUUCAGUUGUGCAGCACAAAUCUAAGAGAAGCAACAGAGUAUGUGGCGAAGGCUUAGGAUACAGAAUUCAAAAGUAGCUUGAAUCUAACUGAGAAGAAUGAAGCUAGGAAUUAUUUAGAGAAGGAGAUAGGAAAAGGGGUGAGAAACUGUGGGGCCUUGUUACCUUUGUGGUAUGUCAUCAUCCUCACGACACACGUGGAAUAUUUUAUAUCCAGAUUGUGUUUUUGGAUCAUCAGACUUAAACGUACACUUCUGCAGGUUCACGUGCUGAUAGCUACGUCCAAAUCUCGAUGUACCGUCCAGAUACACAUGUGAUCAGUAAAGAUCUGGAAUGGCAAGAGGCACCCGAGGGGAAAACGGGGUUUUGAUGCUGUGGAAAGAUCACUUGCAAGUACGUAAGACAGUGUAACAAAGAGCAUGGUAUGGAAGUGGAGUAAAAAUGAAGGAAACGAAUGUGCAUGUGACUGAAUGGGGAGGCAGAAAGAAGGCUGCAUAACGAGAGGUGCCCGGAAGGGCGCGGGAGAAGGUCAGGGCAGCGAGGCAGGAGCAGGUGGUGUGCGGACAGUCCAUUCUGAGGCGUGAAAGCCCAUCUGAAGGGAGGGCUGAGAAAGGGCAGAAAAAGUAAGUGUACUGGGGAUAAAAGAAAUGUUUGGAGGGAGAGGAGUUUGGAUGAUAAGGAUUGUAAAAAUACUUAUUAAAAAAUGAAAAGUCAGGUGCAGUAUAUGAAGUGGAGGGGGAUUUUCAGAGUUUUAAGAAAGGGAAAUCCUUCGCGAAUAUAAGCUCACAGAAGCAACCAUCAGAGAAUGACCUUGUCGUUUCAGGGGAAGUGGGUGAAGGAGGCAGGGGGGGCAUCUGUGCUUGCCAGACCACUUCAAGUGCUGGGGGUCACGGUGGUGAGAAGAAAUCAGCUCUUUGCCUGAACUGGACUUGGUUUUCCAAAUGCUGCGGUGGAAGUGAAGACCGAGAGAUGGGACAUUUAUGAUAGUUCAUAAAUCUCUGAGUUCUCUCUCUUGCUUCUGUUCCCUGUCGUUGCUGUGCCCAGAAAGGUCACUAGGGGACAGUGAAACAAUAGGCUUAAGUCAGACAGGACUAAACCUUUUCUGAUAUCUGCAGAGAAGUAUGUGCCACAUUGCAACCAUGUGUUUUUCUAGUCCCAUCCAGGCUUCCCACAGGAAGCCAUGAUGUGGGGCUAAGCCAUGUGUUUUAAGCAAAGGAGAACAGAAGAAGAGGCGUGUAUGAAAGAAGGAGAGAUGAAGAUAUUCCAAGGAAAUACUCCAAAACAGAACGGCAAUUGCUAUGCCUAAAACUACAAAAAAAAUGCAGAAAAUCAGAGUUAAUGCUUAGAUCACUCCCAACUUAAUGUGGCUAUUAAGUCUUUGAUCCUAGAUUGAAUUUAUAGGCCUCCAUCUUAAUCUUUUCCUUGAGACCUCUGACCUCUGGCAGUGCAUCCGGUAGGUCCCUAAAUGUUUUUGCAAAUUGCAGGUCCUGAUCUACUCUGGGAAAUUCUUCUGAAUUGAAGUUUAGCAAUAUUACAGAAACAGAUGAAUGUCUUUUCUACUUGGUAAAUGUCUUGGAAUGCUGAAUCAGACAGAAAGAGACUUGAAUGGUCAACGGUAAUUGGAUUUCUGGCAUGUUGAGUUCUCUUACUAUCCCUGCAUUGCUUGGUGGCAGGCAAGGGUUGGGUGCUUGUUUAGUUGCUGUGUCCUUUGUAAAACCCAUUAUUUUGAAAUACUGUAGGAGUCACAAGAAGUUGCAAAAAUAGGACAGAGCGUCCUUACCCUAACACCAGGCUUUCUUCACUGGUAACGUCUUACAUAACCAUAAUCCAUCUUCAAAACCAGAAAACGACAUUGGCAUAAUACUAUUAACUAAACUACAGACCUUACUCAAAGUGCACCAGCUUCUCACAUGUACUUAUUUUGUUUCUGGAUACUUGUACCCCACGCUGAUUUGUAACCUGGCAUGAUUUGGACGUAGCAGGAAGGACACCAACUAGAUGCAAUUCUACAGAAUUCUGAAGAGAAUGUAACAAAUUAACCUGCUCCUUUACCAAUGAGCAGUAGCUCCUUAGACUGCUUCCACAUUUUCUGGCUAGGCUGGCAUCUGGAACAAUCCAAGAAUAACGUCAAAGGAUUUGGCAAUACAAAAGACAGUAAGACCUGCCUGUAGCUUGCUGGCUAAGAAUCAGGUAGAGUAGGACACAUCCCAGAUGGUUCCAGCAGUUGUGACAAGUGAGUAGGAUUGUAGUGGAGGCAAGGGGAAGGCUUAGGGUAAACUGGUAUUUAUUUGGUCAAGAGCUGGUGGCCCUUAGUUAAAGGCACCAGGGAUAGUUUGUGGAAGGAAAGAGUGCAAUGGUGGGGGGCCCUAAUGUGCGAUGAAACACUGUUUUCAGAAUAGUACAGAUGUUUCAUUUGCUUAAAUAUUGAUUCUUAAAUGGAAUAACAACCACACUGGACCAAAUUAAGUGCAAGCAGAGCAGCAACUUAGGAGGAAGUUGGCAUUUUUAAGCUGCCCUAUUUAAGGGUCAUGAGAUUAUAACUGUGUUCACACUGCAUACCCCAUGUUCUACGAAGUUCCCAACCCACAGCUGGCAUUUGAUAAAUAUUUGCUGAAUUUUGUUUUUUUGAAUGAAUAUAAGAUAGAAACAGAAUCCUGCCAUCCAGCAAAACUGGGGUGAAUUUAGGGAGAAUUGCUUUGCUGUCAGCUAGAGGAUUUAUUUUCAAAUGAAGAAAGAGAAAAAAGUGCCUAGACUUGUACAUGGUGAAGUACAUCCUCCAUUUGUGUAUUUUAUGAUGGUGAAAUCGAUCUAUGGAAAUUCCUCAUCUUCUGAGGUAUUUAGACAGCAAUGCAAAGUAGUUGUCUCCAGGACGCCCCCAUCAAGAGCAGGGACAGAGACUCCAGCCCCACACCCAGCCCUCCGAAACAACCUUCUUAGUUUCUCCUGCAGACACCUUGUCAACAAUUUCAUGGGCCUCGACAGGAGAAGGCUCAGCAUCCCAGCUAGCUAGGGCUUCCCCGCAUUCACAGCUGCAUGUAAAGGCAGGGACUGCAAACGGACUCGAGGGAAAGCACAACGGAAUAAGGUGAUGACUUUAAGUGCACACUGUUUUCUGGACAAGAGGCUUGGAAAUAAUGGGAAGUGGGGGGCAGUCGUGCAAACACACCAGGAGCUUGUAAUGUAGCCUAGUCAUUUUCUGUCCUUUUCCUGUUCACGAUGUCCUGUUCCUCUGUCCUGUGGUCGGGUAACUUUUUCCGAGGACCGAGUUUCUGAAGCAAUGUGAUGCACUCUUCCUCCCAGGGGAAGCCUCGGGGCCUUACUCUGUCGGCGUUGAAGGAUGUCUUGCAGAGGGGUAGAUAACAAACUGAUUUGAUUUCUGCUUAAAACUAUCAUAGUCAUUCCAAAAGAGAAAACGUAAAACUUCUCUGUAUUAGAAAAAGAAACAAGAUACCAAUUGUAUAUUUUCUUUUCUUUAUUUAUUCUCUGUAAGUCUGUCAGAUGAUAAAUUGUAAAUAACAAUGAUUAAAGAAAUAUGCUACUGA